AUGACAAAAUACCGAACAUUCAUGCGUGUUUCUGAGGAGCAGGGACAACGAGUGAAUGCAAAUGCUUUAUGGCGACUCUGGAAAGAUUGCCGUGGUCUGGCUGAGAUGGGCAAGAAAAACCGUGAACUGCGUGCUAUUGAAUACGCUAGUCCGAAUAGCUCUCGAAGGCUAGUCGGACAAGAAUUUGUGGACGGAUUUUCUGUGACUUGGACGAUUAACCCCGUCACCGGCCUAAAUGAGUGCAGUAUUCCGAUACGGUUCAACUUUCUUUCUACUGAUUUUACCAUCGCAAAAGGGACGAAUUUGUUCCGGCUCUAUGGAGCAGAGCGGAAACUGGCGAGUGAUACUGUCAAUUUCCAGAAACGGGGUCAGAAGUUGACAGCACAGAUCAUGGUCUACGUUGGGACUCAUACUCGGACUUCGAGCUUCCCUGGGAAUAUUCUGAGCCUUACGGGACCGGGAGAUGAUCCUGAGAGGCACAUUGCUGGCUUAAAGUCGGAACACAGUCAUCUGCUUGCACAACAGAAUGGUCUUUCUCGAAAUGGUGCAAGUCUUAUGGACGAUUUCGUCGGCGUGGGUUCUCUGGAGUUAGAGACUCAAGGGUCUACCCAGGACGGCUUGUCUGCCAGCCAAAUACAUAACAGUUCACGGGGGACGCCUAUGCCAGUCGCAUAUUUAUACAUCUAUUAUGAGUCCGGCAAUGAGUCUGCUUUAGAACGAUGCUAUCAAACAAUAUAUUUGCGGCAGCGCACUGCGCCCGACCUCGCCUUGAGGAUCUGUGAGAAAUGCGACGUCAAGGCCUCGAAGGUUUUUCGCAUUUUGCACACCAACACCAAAAAAAGUUACCUUGAUAUUCUGGUUGAUGAUGAAUUUGUUCAGCACAUGACAGAGGGUCAGGAUAUGAUUAUCAAGGUCAAGACACUCACUGUGAGCCUCGGCGGUGGCAAGGGAUCAGGUGCUGAUGCCCAGCUGGGGAUUUGGUUGAAUUAUUGA